AUGCCACAGCAAGGUAGUUACCCCGUAGGACCAGAUACUAAACUAGAAGGCGAAGGAAGACCAAGAAGAUAUUUCGGCAAUAAAUCAGACGAACCACUGCCUACCAGCCCAGCUGAGGGUGUAUUUACACUAUAUGAUAUCCUCCAAUACUGUGGACGCGUACAUGGCGAGAAGAAUGCUAUUGCCUACCGUGACCUCAUCAAGGAGCACGUUGAGGAGAAGCAAGUACAAGGCCCAGAUGGUAAAACACACCCUAAGAAAUGGACUUACUAUGAGUUAAGUGACUACAAAUGGCUCACUUGGCCACAGAUUCUUAAAAAGGUAGAGUCCAUCGGUUCUGGACUUGCCAAUUUAGGAUUAAAGAAGGAGACGAUUUUCAACAUCUAUGGACAAACAGCUGUUAACUGGCAAAUUAUAGCUCACAGUUGCGUUAGACAAAAUAUCCCAUUCUGUACCGCAUACGAUUCACUUGGACCAUCCGGUCUCCAGCACUCGCUUGCUGAGCCAGAUGUCGUUGGUAUGUUCACCAACGCUGAUCUUCUCCCAACCGUUUUAAGUGUCAUUGGGGAUACCCCAACCGUUAAGGUAGUAAUCUAUGACGGCCAAGCAGACAAAGAACAAUUGGAUAAACUCAAGUCUGUAGAGCGUGAGGGUGGAGAAAAGCUUAAAGUCAUCCACAUUGACGAGCUUGAAAAACUCGGCGCUGAGAACUUGGUUGAGCCUACACCACCAAAUAAGGAUGAUACAGUCACUAUUAUGUACACAUCUGGAUCGACAGGACCACCAAAAGGUGUUGUUCUCACCCAUGAGAACCUCGUUUCCGCCGUAGCUGCUGUCGUCAAGAUGUUAGGCCACCACUUAUCAGCGCAAGAUACCUUUUUGGCUUAUUUGCCACUUGCUCACAUUUUGGAAUUCAUUGUCGAGCUCUUAGUUAUGUUUAUUGGUAUGCCAAUGGGUUAUGGUAGAGUAAAGACCCUUACAGACCAAUCAACUCGCAAUUCAAAGGGUGAUAUCCAAGCAUUUAGACCAUCAAUUAUGAUUGGUGUUCCAGCAGUUUGGGAAACAAUUCGUAAGGGUAUUUUGAGCAAGGUUGGCCAACAAGGCGCACUCAAGAAGUCUAUCUUCGGUGGUGCUAUGACGCUCAAGAAGACCUUUGGUACAAAAGUACCAUUUGUAAACACAAUCACUGAUGCGGUUGUUUUCAAGACUAUUAAACAACAAACAGGUGGUAGAUUACGUUUGACACUCUCCGGUGGUGCUGCACUCAGUAAAGACACUCAAGAAUUCCUUACAACUGCUUUAGUUACUGUUUUACAAGGAUACGGUAUGACUGAAAGUUGUGGUAUGUGUGCAAUUCUUCCGCCAGAGUUUAUGCAAUACAAUGUUGUUGGUAUUCCUGUACCAGCUGUCGAAAUCAAGUUGGUUGACUGUCCAGAAGCAAACUACAGAUCAACCAACAACCCACCACAGGGUGAAGUCUUUAUCAGAGGACCUGCCGUUACCAAGGGUUACUUCAAGAGACCUGAUGUUGAUGAAGAAGUCUUUGUUGGCGAUGGAUGGUUCAGAACUGGUGACGUUGGACAAUGGAACGCUGAUGGUACAUUGUCUAUCAUAGACAGAAUCAAGAACCUCGUCAAGUUGCAAGGUGGAGAGUACAUUGCGCUCGAGAGACUUGAAUCUCAAUAUAAAUCUUGUCCAUUAGUCGGAAAUAUUUGUGUCAUAGCUAACAACAACGCUAAGCAACCAGCCGCUGUUGUCGUUCCUAACGAAUCUCACUUCAAGGCAUUCUUGAAAGACAAGGGUAUUGGUAACGCUAAUGAUAUUAGCUCAACACUAGAAGACAAGAAUGUCGUGAAGGCAUUCACUGCGGAGGUUAACCAAGGUGGUAAGAAGGCGGGUUUCAAGUCAUUAGAGUUACUUGAAACUGUUAUUCUCACACUCGAUGAAUGGACACCACAAUCUGGUUUAGUCACAGCAGCACAGAAGAUUCAACGUAAAGCCAUUGAGAAGCAAUACGCGGAACAAAUCAAGAAGUUCUAUAACCACUAAAAAUGUUAUAAAUAUCCAACGGAACAAUCAACCAAAGCUAUCAAUAAAGCUAAUAAAUAAAGUUUAUUCUUUCAUAAUCAUUCAUUAUAAGUAUAACGUUUCUCAAAAUAUAUGUUUAUUCGUAUAAUACUCUCUUAACAUCAAUCCAACAACCUGCAUUGUCUACCCAGCCUAGACUGCCAAUCUCACAUUCACCGCAUGCGAGGAAUUUAGAGAUAUUUGCAGCUGUUUGAGGAGCAGUCUUCGAGAAUGUUAUGUUCUCAAAUGACAUUGGACCUGCGAGUCUCCAGGCUUUGUCGAGAUGCGGUUCUGGUAAUGAUGGGUGUGAAAAUUGGUUGUCUGGGGGUAAAAUACUGAGUGGAUGGAUUGUUUCUAAGCUUUUAAGGUCCGCUGCACCUGAUAAGAAGACGAGUGAUUUACAUUCAACCCUAGGGCAACGUGCAUUCCGCGAGUUUUUCGAGUCUUUAAGGAAGUCCUCGUAUUUGCUCUGAUCGGUGAAGGUUAACAAGUUGAGAUUAGGCUUAGUGGAAGGUUUACUGAGUGCUGCAAGGAUAUCUGCUUGGGUAAUACUUGGUUUCUUCUGGGGAGUGAUAUCGUGAGACAUUUCCACCUGAUCGUUGUCUAUCUCCUUGGUAAUUUCAAACUGAUACUUUUCAAAGAAGGGUACUUGUUCUUUAGAUGAUAUGAUUAAUACCCUGUUGUAGCUCGACUCGUCUAGUCUUCGCAUGUACUCAGUGAAUAGUUUUGUAGUUGCGGUCUCACGGUGGGCAUCUUCAUUAUGUACAGUCAGAGAAUGUAUCAGGACUGUAUGGCCAGAGGGAUCGUGCUCUUUGGCUGAUUGCUCGCUGAACGUGUCUUCGUUUGUGAGUGUGCUAGUAACGAAGCCAAUCAAACCCUGGGUGCGUGGCUGGUGGAAUAUACCUAAAAAUAAAUCGCCCGCGUACUUGUACCUGUACUCAAGUUUGUCGAUAUCAGUUGCUGUGUAGCUAGAAUUAUCUAUAGAGGCAGCAGAACUAAGCUCUUGAUGCUCUAAUUUAUCUAUAAUGUAACUCUCAUCAAACAUCUUAGAAG